AUGAGAGCUCUAAUCAGCUACUUCGUGAAGAAGUGCGAACGAACCAAGUACAGACUAGAAGUCAUCGAGAGGAGAUACAAACUCUUCUCCUGCGGUGUCCCAAUGGUACUUCUCAUGUCCUUAACCAUCAGCAUAGGCACCUUCCUAAUAGAUCUGCAGUACAGAAUCAGGAACACUCGGCAGCAGAAUAUAAACAUCCGCGAAAACAAACUGAUGGAGGAAAAGAACAAGCUGCUGAAAAUCCUCAGAGAUUACGACUGCGUCAAUUACGAAAAUGUAAAAUGCAUCUCCUUCUGUGCGUCCAAUUUCUCCCCCCGCCCUUUGCCAUCGAGGAAAAAUUGCCAAGUUGUGAAAACGUCAGAGGGGGAAGGCCACGAGCAGAAUAAGGGCAAAGGUCAGUCCGAGCUAAGCUACUUAAUCGGGAAUGUAUAUAUUGGUAAAGUGUUACGUGUGGGGGGAACAGCUUCAGAGAUAGUCGCAGGGAACUCAGUCCUUGGAAAAGACAUUAUUGGCAUAUUCACCCUCAAGUGCAGAGUUAUCAACGACACAAUUGUAACGCCUUACCAUGACAUUAUCGAAUAUCCUUGCAGCCAUCUGAAAAAGGAUCAUGCAGUGUGCGCAGCGCUCCGCUCCUUUUACGAAGCUCACAUUUGCAUGAGUACCCUCAGUUGCUCAAACAAGCUGCAGUACGUUGCCAUUUUUGCGGACGAUAUUUUUCAAGUGCUCCCAUUUUUGAAGCUUCUGAUGAGCCGUAAAUUCCUCAUAGAGGUAUUUUUGUCGAGCAAGCCGAGCGGGAAACCAAAUGGGCAACCGGGUGGAGAAUCGGAUGAAGUGACAACCCCAACACAAGCGAUGCUGGAACAAUUCCACAUCAGCAGUAAGAUCAUGCAAGGACGGGUCUCCAUACGGACCCAAGACACAAACGUCCAACAGCACAUGUACGACGUAACCAACGGACUUGGAGUAAAAACCAUCGUUGUCUUCCCACAAGCCAACAGUGACAUCAGCGUUUUAAAGAGAAACAUUUUCACCAUAAGUGCGUUAAAUGCCAAUAUAGUAUGCAUGGCACACUUGGAUUACUUAAAUCCACACGAAUGUAAACUUCUGCAAGAGAAAGGCAUAACGCUCCAUUUUUUUAACCUGACCAAUUAUCUAAAUUACGAUUAUUUCAAAGUGGCCGAUGCAUUUAAUUACGUGUUAUUAUCCUUCCUAAACGGAGAUGUGGCCAUUCCAUCGGUGCCGCUAACGACCAAGUCCUUUUCCAGCAUCGAGGAAAUAUUGGCAAGUGGUGGCGCCUCCACACACGAUAGACGUUACAACGUUUACGUUAAUAGGAAUAUCCAAUGA